AGAAAUAUCUUUUUAUAUAUAGACUUUUAAAAGCAUUUUUGAAAAUAAGAAUAAAAAAGUAAAUAUAGAGUUUUAUAAGCAUUUAUGAAAAUUAAAAUAAAGAACUGAAAGAUCGAUAAGUUUUCGUGCGACAUAGUCAACAACUAUAUGCCUCGUGUAGUCAUCUAUUAUAACUUCAGCACAUAUAUGUUGCAUGACUAUACGUGAGCUGAAAUUAUACGAUCUAACAUUCAUGCAUAACAUAUGAAUCCACCAAAUAUGCCGUCUCAUCAACUUCUUAAAAUCAUUCAUAAUAUGCUUCUAAAAUGCAUUCACUCUGUAAAAAAAUGGAACAGAUUUUUCUUUUUGCAAUUCUAAGCACCAGUUUCUUCUUACUUUUCUUGAUACAUACAACAAGAAGAAGCAAGCGAUACAAAAACCUGCCACCAAGUCCGCCUUCUCUUCCGAUCAUCGGCCAUCUCCAUCUCGUCGUCAAAAACCCCAUCCAGAGAACUCUCCACAAUCUCUCGCGGAAAUACGGCCCCAUCAUCCAUCUCAAGCUAGGAACCCGUCUCGCCGUGAUCGUAUCCUCACCGUCGGCCGUUGAAGAAUGCCUCACCAAGAACAACGACAUUGUUUUCGCCAACCGUCCUCAGGAUUUCUUAGCAGGCAUAUAUUUAAACUACAACAACACAACUCUUGUUGCAGCGAACUACGGCGACCACUGGAUUAACCUCCGCCGCAUAACUGCCGCUGAGCUCUUUUCAUCUAAUCGUCUCAAUAAGUUUCUACCGAUCCGAACUUCCGAAGUCAAUUUUUUACUUCAAAGACUUCAUAAACUUUCUGGCCAUGGUUUUGCAAAGGUAGAGCUAAGGCCUAUGUUCUUUGAUCUGACAACUAAUAUAAUUAUGAGAAUGGUUGCAGGGAAAAGGUACCAUGGUGACGAGAUCCUCCAACUUAAGAUGCUUGUGAAAGAGGUUAUUGGAUGUACUGAGAUGACAAAUAUUGGAGAUGUGUUUCCAAGAUUGCAGUGGCUUGAUUUUGGAGGGUUUAGAAAGAAGCUAAUUAGGCUUAGUAAGAAGGUCGAUUCGUUCUUGCAAGAACUUAUCGACGAGCUUCGAAUUGAUAAAGAUAGAGAUACUAUGAUCAAUCAUUUGCUUGUCUGGCAAGAAACACAACCUGACUAUUAUUCUGAUGAACUCAUCAAAGGCCUCGUUCUGGUUAUGUUAUUGGGAGGAGCAGAGACCACAUCUCUAGCCUUAGAGUGGGCAAUGGCAAACCUACUCAACAAUCCAACGGUCCUCAACAAAGCUAAAGCAGAAAUAGACAACAAAAUCGGCCAAAACAACUUACUACAAGAAUCAGAUUUAACAAGCCUGAACUAUCUCCAGAACAUCAUAUACGAGAAUCUAAGACUAUGUCCGGUAGCUCCACUCUUAGCUCCACACAUGUCAUCAUCUGAUUGCACCAUAGGAGGGUUCCAUGUACCUGCAAACACAAUGCUGAUGAUAAAUAUAUGGGCAGUUCAGAGAGACCCUCAACUCUGGGAGGAUCCGACAAGCUUUAAACCUGAGAGAUUUGAGAAUGGCAGAGCUGAGGGAUUUGAGUUCUUACCGUUUGGGUUGGGGAGGAGAGGCUGUCCGGGGAAGGGUUUAGCGUACAAAGAGAUGGGGUUGGCGUUGGGUUCGCUGAUACAAUGUUUUGAGUGGGAGAAAGUUGAUGGGAGGGAGAUUAAUAUGAGUGAGAAGACUACGUUAAGUUUGUCUAAAGUUGAACCUUUAGAAGUAAUGUGUAAAGCUCGUCCGAUUCUACAUAAAAUUCUCUUGAGCUCUUAGACAAUGAAAUGAAGAGACUUUUGAGUA